AUGAGCAACACUCUGAAAAUUGAUGGUCACACUGAAGAAGCCAAGAAGUUGAGAAUGUUCCCGUUUACCUUAGCGGAAGAAGCUGAAGAAUGGUUUUAUUCUUUACCUGCCAGUAGCAUCACAUCUUGGAAGGAAAUGGAAAAAGCCUUCGUAAAUGAGUAUUUUCCAGCAUCGAUGUUUGUGAAUGGUCUUAAAAUAAAGACCAAACAGCUGAUUGAUACUACAGCCGGUGGUUCCACAAAUUUUUCAACAGCCACCGGUAUCAAGAAGAUCAUUGAAGCUAUUGCUACUAAUGAGCACAUGGAGUUGUACGAUAGGUGUCAAAGCAAACCAGAAGGGGUUAUAGAUUUAAAGCUGGAAACUAAUAAAAUCCGUAUUGAAGAUACUAUAGCUGCUGAAGUUGAUAAGAAGCUGAAGGCGUUGAAUAUAGGUACCCAACAAAUGGCGCAAGUCCAACCGGUUCCUACUGUCUGCUGUGAAACUUGUAGUGGUCCGCACCAAACUGUUUAUUAUUUUGCAACUCCUCAACAAGUGGAGGAAAUCAAAUUUUUGAAGCAGAUUAAUCCUUAUUCCAACACGUACAGUUCGGGUUGGAAGAAUCAUCCCAACUUCUCAUGGAAAGACCAAAAAGGAACCGCUCAUCAACAUGGUCAGUACCAAACUCAAUAUCAACAACAACAACAGCAACAUGCCCUUAAGAAAGCUGAUUGGGAAAUUUCUAUUGAAAGAAUGGCAGUCCAUAAUGUUCAAUUUCAAGAAGAAACCCGGAACAAUCAGAAAAACACCACACCAUCAAUAAAGAAUCUUGAAGUCCAAAUGAGUCAAAUCGCUCAACAACUAGCUUUGAGUUCUCAAGCACAAGGUGCUCUAUCUAGUGCAACCGUGACAAAUCCUAGAGAGCAUAAUAAUAUGAGCAUGGUGACAACACAAAAUGGUAAAUCUGAUGAAGUUGUCGGGGAUGUGGAUGAAGAGGAAAACCAAUUGAUCGAAGUGGACCUUGAGAUCAAAGAAAAUGAAGUUGUUAGGGAAGAAGUGGUAGCACCGAAACCUGUUGUAAAAGAAACAGUCAUUGAGCCCAAGUCAGUUGUUAAGCUUCCAUUCCUCACUAGAAACAAGAAAAAAGGACAACAUGAGAAAAACUUUGAAAAAUUCUUAGAGUUGUUCAAGAAGCUGGAGAUUAACAUUCCUUUGUUGGAGGGACUUGAACAAAUGCCUACUUAUGCCAAGGUCAUGAAGGAUAUCAUUUCGAAGAGGCGUACCACUGACACUAACCUGAUUAUUCUAAUCAAAACUUGUAGUGCUAUUUUACAGGGUAUGAAGAUUCCGAUAAAGAAGAAAGAUAGAUGA